CCCAACUGCUUGUCACACAGACCUGCACCCUCUGUCAGCUGCUCUUGGGGUUUCUGUCAACUGGAGGAAAGAAAACUCUUUGGAGAAUAACAUUUUAUUGCGAUCAUGCCAGAACCCACCAAGAAAGAGGAAAAUGAAGUGCCAGCCCCAGCCCCGCCACCUGAAGGACCAAAUAAAGAGAAGGAGGUGGGAACUGCACCAGCAAAAGAGGAAGAAGAAGUGUCCCCGCCUAGCGCCCUACCUCCAGGCUUGGGUAGUCGAGCCCUGGAGAGAAAAGAUUCAGACUGGUCUCUUAGUGAGCCACCUGCAGGUGGAGAAGAACAAGAUAAGCAAAAUGCCAACUCUCAGCUGUCCACCCUGCUCAUUGAAAAACCUCAGUCGGGAACAGUGAAAGUUGGUGAAAACAUCACCUUUAUAGCCAAAGUCAAGGCUGAGGAUCUUCUUAGAAAACCCACGAUCAAGUGGUUCAAAGGGAAAUGGAUGGAUCUGGCCAGCAAAGCUGGGAAGCAUCUCCAGCUGAAGGAAACCUUUGAGAGGCAAACUCGGACAUACACGUUCGAGAUGCAGAUUAUCAAGGCCAAAGAGAAUUAUGCAGGAAACUACCGGUGUGAGGUCACCUACAAGGAUAAGUUUGACAGCUGUUCGUUUGAUCUUGAAGUGCACGAAUCCACUGGGACUACUCCAAACAUUGACAUCAGAUCUGCCUUCAAGAGAAGUGGUGAAGGUCAAGAGGAUGCAGGGGAACUUGACUUUAGUGGUCUCCUGAAACGUAGGGAGGUGAAGCAGCAGGAGGAGGAACCCGAGGUUGAUGUGUGGGAGCUGCUGAAGAACGCGAACCCCAAUGAGUAUGAAAAGAUCGCUUUCCAGUACGGGAUCACCGACCUGCGCGGGAUGCUCAGGCGGCUCAAGCGCAUGCGCAGGGUGGAGAAGAAGAGCGCAGCUUUUUCAAGAAUUCUCGAUCCUGCAUAUCAGGUUGAUAAAGGAGGCAGAGUAAGGUUUGUUGUGGAACUGGCUGACCCAAAGCUGGAGGUGAAAUGGUAUAAAAACGGUCAAGAAAUUCGACCCAGCACCAAAUACAUCUUUGAACACAAAGGAUGCGAAAGAAUCAUGUUUAUCAAUAACUGUUCACUGACAGAUGACUCAGAGUACUAUGUGACAGCUGGUGAUGAGAAGUGUUCUACUGAGCUUUUUGUAAGAGAACCUCCAGUUAUGGUGACCAAACAGCUGGAAGAUCUGAAUGCUUACUGUGGGGAGAGAGUGGAACUGGAAUGUGAAGUGUCUGAAGAUGAUGCCAAUGUAAAAUGGUUUAAGAAUGGUGAAGAGAUCGUCCCUGGUCCAAAAUCAAGAUACAGAAUUAAAGUUGAUGGCAAAAAACAUAUUUUGAUCAUAGAAGGAGCAACGAAGGCCGACAGCGCAGAAUAUUCAGUGAUGACCACUGGAGGACAAUCGUCUGCUAAACUUAGCGUUGACCUGAAACCUCUGAAGAUUAUGACACCUCUGACUGACCAGACUGUAAAACUUGGAAAAGAAAUAUGCUUGAAGUGUGAAAUCUCUGAAAACAUAUCAGGAAAAUGGACUAAAAAUGGCCUCCCUGUUCAGGAGAGUGACCGUCUAAAGGUUGUCCACAAAGGAAGAAUCCACAAGUUAGUCAUAGCCAACGCUCUCAUUGAAGAUGAAGGUGAUUAUGUAUUUACACCAGAUGCCUACAAUGUUACUUUGCCUGCCAAAGUUCAUGUUAUUGACCCUCCUAAGAUCAUCCUGGAUGGUCUUGAUGCUGACAAUACAGUGACAGUGAUUGCAGGAAACAAGCUUCGCCUUGAGAUCCCUGUCACUGGGGAGCCACCUCCCAAAGCCAUUUGGAGCCGAGCAGAUAAGGCUAUUAUGGAAGGCAGUGGCAGGAUAAGGACAGAAUCUUACCCCGACAGCAGCACUCUGGUCAUCGAUGUGGCUGAACGAGACGACUCUGGUGUUUACCACAUCAACCUGAAAAAUGAGGCUGGAGAGGCGCAUGCCAGCAUCAAGAUUAAAGUCGUGGACAUCCCUGACCCUCCAGUAGCACCCAGUGUGACAGAGGUGGGAGAUGACUGGUGCGUUAUGAACUGGGAGCCUCCGGUCUACGAUGGAGGGUCUCCGAUCUUAGGAUACUUUAUUGAGAGGAAAAAGAAACAGAGCUCUAGGUGGAUGAGGCUGAAUUUUGAUCUGUGCAAAGAAACAACCUUUGAGCCCAAGAAGAUGAUUGAAGGCGUGGCCUACGAGGUCCGCAUCUUUGCGGUUAAUGCCAUCGGCAUCUCCAAGCCCAGUAUGCCCUCCAAGCCCUUCGUCCCUUUGGCUGUAACCAGCCCUCCCACUCUCCUGGCUGUUGACUCAGUUACUGACACAUCUGUGACAAUGAGGUGGAGGCCCCCAGACCAGAUUGGUGCAGCAGGUUUAGACGGCUAUGUGCUAGAAUAUUGCUUUGAAGGAACUGAGGACUGGAUAGUUGCAAACACAGAUCUGAUUGACAAGACCAAGUUCACCAUCAAUGGUCUGCCUACAGACGCAAAGAUCUUCGUGCGUGUGAAGGCUAUUAAUGCGGCCGGAGCUAGUGAGCCCAAGUACUAUUCUCAGCCCAUUCUUGUGAAGGAAAUCAUAGAGCCUCCAAAGAUUCGCAUCCCAAGACACCUGAAGCAAACCUAUAUCCGCAGAGUUGGAGAAGCAGUCAAUCUGGUUAUACCUUUCCAGGGCAAACCUAGACCAGAAUUAACUUGGAAGAAGGACGGUAAAGAAAUUGAUAAGAAUCAAAUCAACAUUCGCAACUCUGAGACUGAUACAAUCAUAUUUAUCAGAAAAGCAGAGAGGAGUCACUCUGGGAAGUAUGACCUACAGGUCAAAGUGGACAAAUACAUGGAAACCGCCUCCAUUGACAUCCAGGUCGUUGACCGUCCAGGUCCACCCCAAGCUGUGAAUAUUGAAGAUGUCUGGGGAGAAAAUGUCGCUCUAACGUGGAUACCACCAAAGGACGAUGGAAAUGCUGCCAUCACAGGAUACACGAUCCAGAAGGCUGACAAGAAGAGCAUGGAAUGGUUUACUGUCAUUGAGCAUUAUCACCGAACCAAUGCCACCAUUACUGAACUGGUCAUCGGGAAUGAAUAUUACUUCCGGGUCUUUGCUGAAAACAUGUGUGGCCUCAGUGAGGAUGCCACAAUGACUAAAGAGAGUGCCCUGAUUGCCAAGGAUGGUAAAAUCUACAAAAACCCAGUGUAUGACGACUUUGAUUUCACAGAAGCACCCAUGUUUACUCAGCCUUUGGUUAACACCUAUGCUAUAGCUGGUUAUAAUGCCACCCUGAACUGCAGUGUGAGAGGAAAUCCUAAGCCCAAAAUAACCUGGAUGAAAAACAAAGUGGCUAUUGUGGAUGACCCGAGAUACAGGAUGUUCAGCAACCAGGGAGUCUGUACUCUGGAGAUUCGCAAGCCCAGCCCCUAUGAUGGAGGCACUUACUGCUGCAAAGCAGUCAAUGACCUUGGGACAGUGGAGAUCGAAUGCAAGCUGGAGGUGAAAGUGAUAUAUCAAGGCGUAAAUUCCCCUGGACAACCAGUCUUCCUGGAGGGGCAGCAACAGGUUUAAAAAUGGUAGCACAGUAAGGAUUUUUGAAUGUAGAUUGUCAUCUAAGGUGGGUUGUCCUUCUGCAGGCUCCUUUUGCAAGGCGUGCCUCCAAACAUAAUUGAUUCAUAUUUGCGAGACUUACAAUCAAGCCAUCCUGAGGAAUACUGAGGGCAAGACACUGCCUCUCUAAACUGCUGCUUUGAAAUCUGGUUGUCCACCGGCCCCCCAUGUGUGGUCAUUUUCUUUCUUCCUAAUGUUGAAGAGACAAAAAAUAAUGUUUGCAUAGGUUGGCUAAUUAAAAGUUGCAAACAAAAUCUCA